UUGGAUAAAAUGAACAGAUUGUUAUUGGAAAUCUUUCUCCUACUGGCUGCUUUGGCCAAGACCUGUGCUGGUGGGGAUCCGCCGGUACUAAUGUGGGGUCUCGACGCGCCUGCACCAGACACAAUUUUUAAACCUGUUGAAAGCGAAAUGUUGGCUGAUUUCUUGGACCCGCUGCAGGAAAACUACAUGAUCGUGGUCUAUUUUGCACAAGAGCUCUCGCCGAAGGACUUCUUGUGUGAGGUGCCCGAAUCGUCACAGAAAUGUUUCAAAUACCUUAGUGAGGUCUUUCCGCUCAAUUACUAUAGUCAAGUGCGGAGCCCUCAACGCGUGGUAGAGCUGUUCGCUUACAAAGAUCCUGAUUGGCAGCAACUGAACGUGAGCGCCGAGCUGCAGCUUCAGCUUCAACAGGCCCCAAUAUGUGAACCAGGUCUGGUACAUGCCUUCAACUUCAGCGACACCCAUGCCCUACGACAUCAGAACCUCCUGGCUCAUGAUCAGUUCAUUGCCUCCGUAUCCGAGCAUCUUAAAUCCUGUCCAGUCAUACAGCUAUAUACAGCAUUUGAUGCGAGUAGCCAGCACCGAGAGCGUCGAGCCGACGAUUGGGACCAGUUUAAAAAAGUUUCGCCAACUCCGAAAGCAGAUAUGGACACGGGCGACGUCGGCAUAGUGCAAGAACCUCACAACCUGACUGUACUUCGGGCGGACCUAGGCCUCCUGGUGUACAAAAAGAUAGUCUAUGCUAUUGAAGUGAAGCAAGGGAAACACGUCUACUACAGACGACUGUACAUCAAGCUGGUCGACAAUGAACUGAUGGUGGAGGUGCUGAACACGAGUGUAUCGCAGCUCGGUUUCUUGUUCACUCUAAAUACUGUGAAGGGGCCCUUGCAAAUUGAAAUUCGAAGCACGAAAGGAGACUGGCGAGUUACGCAGUUCAUGUACCAGGGUGGUGUUAAGUUUCAGACCAUUGAUCUGAUUUUCUAUAGCAAGACCCACUCGCUUUGCUGCACAGCCAUUACGGCGUAUUCGCCGCGCGGGGAUCGAAUAACCAUAUACGACCUUUAUAUGGACGUGAUAACAAAUGAAAAUCAAACGGGAACUGAUCCGAACUAUCGCCCGAAGCCCUGCUGGUAUUGCGAAAUAUUCAUAACCUCAGGAAUCGCACAGGCCACCUUCACGGUAAUUAUUCUGAUUUCCCUCCUAGCCUUCGGAUUCUCGAUGAUCUGGGACAUUGGCAAGAAUUCAGCCGUUCCGGUACUUAAUAGAGAUAGAGACCCGUUGGAAGCUGUCCGUUAGCCAUAGAACUCUCGCAACCACCCUCGGCCGCCACUGCUCGCAGUGCACAGAACCGCUACACGUUUUUUGUAAUUCACUUGCUUACGAAUUUAAUCAUUUGAAUCCGAGCAUCGCCGAUGGAGGAGGCACUGGAGGGGAUGGCGCGG